CCACAAACCACCAUGUUGCUUCCACGAGUUGGGGCCUUUUUGGCUCGUCCGGCACGCUGCCAGAGUCUCCAAUGGCGGCAAAUGCGAGCAUUGUCAAGCUCAUCACCCCUCCGAAAACUCUCCGACGAUGACCUCAACAGCGUCAGCAAGCACGUUACCCAGCUAAAGUCCCAGGGAGCUUCGCAAGCCAUGUUGUACGCGACUGGAAUGAACGAUGAGGACCUGAAAAAGGCCCAAGUUGGGAUAUCAUCGGUGUGGUAUUCAGGAAAUCCCUGCAAUAUGCACUUGCUGCAAUUGAACAACAAGGUUAAUGAGGGGGUGGAAAGAGCGGGGCUCAAGGGGAUGCAGUUCAACACCAUUGGCGUCAGUGACGGCAUCUCAAUGGGAACUAAGGGAAUGCGAUAUUCCCUCCAGUCCAGGGAUCUUAUUGCAGACUCGAUUGAGACUGUAAUGGGUGGACAAUGGUACGAUGCCAAUAUCUCCAUUCCUGGGUGUGACAAGAACAUGCCUGGUGUCAUAAUGGCAAUGGGGAGAGUGAACAGGCCCUCUUUGAUGGUGUAUGGAGGUACCAUCCAGCCCGGCUGCGGAAAGGUCCAGGGUAACUCCUCGAUUGACAUUGUGUCCGCCUUCCAAGCCUAUGGCCAGUUCAUUACUGGAGAUAUAACCGAGGAGAAGAGGAAUGAUAUCAUUCACCACGCUUGCCCCGGGCAAGGUGCUUGCGGAGGUAUGUACACCGCCAAUACCAUGGCCACGGCAAUUGAAGUCAUGGGUAUGUCUCUUCCGGGAUCUUCGUCCAAUCCCGCAGACUCGAAGGCCAAGCAAAUAGAGUGUCUUGCUGCUGGUGGGGCAAUCAAGAACCUCCUCCGAGAGGACAUUCGGCCCAGCGAUAUUCUUACCCGCCAGGCAUUCGAGGAUGCCAUGAUCCUCGUCAAUAUCACUGGAGGAUCAACAAAUGCCGUCCUUCAUCUGAUCGCCAUUGCGGAUUCCGUUGGCGUCAAGCUCAGCAUUGACGACUUCCAGAGCGUCAGUGACAGAAUCCCACUAUUAGCCGACCUUAAACCAUCCGGGAAAUACGUCAUGGCCGAUAUCUUCGACAUUGGUGGCACACCGGCCCUCCUGAAAUUCCUUUUAAAGGAAGGCCUACUAGACGGAAGCCGUAUCACCGUCACUGGAAAGACUCUCAAAGAGAACCUUGAGCACGCUCCAGACUUCCCAGCCGACCAACAAAUCAUCCGACCAUUCAGCAACCCGCUUAAGGAGACUGGUCAUAUUCAGAUCCUUCGUGGCAACCUCGCGCCGGGCGGAUCCGUAGGGAAGAUCACCGGGAAGGAAGGCCUCCGUUUCGUUGGCAAAGCUAAAGUCUACAACGACGAAGACGACUUCAUCACCGCGCUCGAAAAAGGCGAAAUCAAAAAGGGCGAGAAGACCGUCGUCGUCAUUCGCUAUGAGGGUCCCAAGGGCGGCCCGGGAAUGCCUGAGAUGCUAAAGCCCAGCUCCGCAAUCAUGGGGGCUGGUCUUGGCAAAGAUGUUGCCCUUCUCACUGAUGGGCGCUUUAGUGGUGGAAGCCACGGCUUCCUGAUUGGCCAUAUUGUCCCCGAGGCGCAGGAGGGUGGGCCGCUUGGCCUUGUUCAGGAUGGGGAUGAGAUUACCAUCGAUGCUCAGUCUAGGGAGCUGUCCGUGGAUGUUAGCGACGAGGAGAUGAGCAAGCGGAGGGAAGGGUGGACCGCACCGCCGCUAAAGUACUCGAAGGGUACGCUGUAUAAGUACGCUAAGAAUGUGACUGAUGCCAGCCAUGGUUGCAUUACUGAUGCGUAGAUGGUGGAAAUCCAUUCUCUGUAGUCUGUUAUCACGUUCGAGUUGCUAAAAGCGGGAGUUUUUUGGGCCUUUCGUGGUAUCUCGGAGGAAAUCAUUGAGUUCACUCCCUCAUAUACCACUGUUCAUAGUAAUCUUCGAUGGAAUCUGACUCGUCUUCAAUAAACAUUGUGAAAAGGCAACAACUCUUGAGAUAUGGAUGUUUUGACGCAAGUCAUAACAUUUAAACAAUGCACCAAUUUGGGAUUUCAGUCCAAUAAAGGACAGGCUGAAACGCCCAAUCAAGUCAAGAGCAACUUGAGAAGUUGGUAGAAACUGAAUUGAUUUCUCCUGAAGCC